CAGAAACCCAGAAAAGGAACAACAAGUACCUGGCGGCAGGUUAUUCGGAUGAAUCUGAGCCAAUGGACGAUAGGUACUACGAUUCCUUUCCAUGUCCCAUAAACAAAAAAAUAGUUGCAUGUCUCCCUAAGAAUAUAGAAAAAUCUGAAUCUAAGGCGAGACGGAGAAACGCACGAGGCAAGAAGAAACAACAAACCGAAAAGGACUAUGUGGAUUUCAGAGGCUUACUCACUCAAUGUGCACAGUCCCUGACAAUUAAUGACAUCAAGGCAGCUAACGAGACUCUUAAGACAAUAAGGCUUUACUCUUCUCCUUAUGGCAACGGAACAGAAAGGAUGGCAUUUUAUCUUGCCAAUGCGCUUGAGGCGCGCUUAAAUGGAAUGGGAACAUCAAUGUACACAUCCAAGCAUUCAAACAAUAUUUCAGCUGCGGAUAUGGUGAAAGCUUUUCAGAUGUAUAUCAACGCAAACAGAUGCAUCGGAAAGCUUGUUGCUGCAGCAGGAGCAACUAGCCUGCAUAUCAUAGAUUUUGGAAUUUUAUAUGGUUUUAAAUGGCCAAGUCUCAUCCAAGGUCUCUCGAUGAGGCCCGGUGGGCCUCCAAGGCUUCGUAUCACUGGAAUAGACUUGCCCCAGCCCGGCUUCCGUCCUGAAGAGCUGGUCAAGGCCACAGGAAUUCGACUGGAAAAAUAUUGCAAGAGAUUUAAUGUCCCGUUUGAGUAUAAAGGCAUAGCAACGAAAUGGGAGAGUAUAACACUCGAAGAUCUCGAAAUCGACAGGGACUUCGACAUGCUGGUUGUAAACUGCUUGGACAGGCUAGGUACCGUGCCAGAUGAGACGAUGGUGCCCGAUAGCCCAAGGGACAUUGUACUCAAUCUCAUCAGGAACGUCAAUCCAAAUAUGUUCAUCCAUGCGGUUGUGAACGGGGCCUUCAAUGCCCCGUUCUUUGCCACACGAUUCCGGGAGGCAGUCUUUCACUUCUCCUCAAUGUUUGACAUGUUAGAUGUGACUGUGCCAAGUGAAGACACAGACAGGCGGCUCUUUGAGGAAAUGGUGCUUGGAAAAGAUGUGAUGAAUGUGAUAGCUUGUGAAGGAACAGAGAGAGUUGAGAGGCCUGAGACGUACAAGCAAUGGCAUGUUAGAAGCCUCAAGGCUGGACUCCAGCAAUUGCCACUCGAUCAAGAGAUCCUCAAGUUUGUAAUGGAGAGCGCGAAAUCGGUUUUCAAUAAGAAUUUCUCCGUGGAAGAAGACGGGAACUGGAUGUUGCAAGGGUGGAAAGGAAGAGUACACCAUGCUUUCUCCUGUUGGAAGCCCAUUAACCACUAGUAGAGAUUGUUUUGUUGCGAAUUUGCAAUGUCCAUUAGAAUCAACUUUAUUUUUCAUUCAAGUCAGUAAUACGAACCUUCUUGUUAGAUUGACUUAUCAUUA